GAAUGACUUCUCGGGUAUCCUGGACUUCGUCUUGUUAAAUUUAUAAAGUCAUUCCAGACAGAGGAAAGUCUACUUCUACAGGGUAUUGACCAACUUCAACAAUUUAAAAAUAAAUGCCAGAGGUCUAAUAAGGUUGUAGCAGUAGAUCCGAUGGAUUCAAAGCUGGCAAAACAAUGUAUGGUUCCAGGCCAUACAGGAUUAGUGACCGCGUGGUGUCAAACCUGUCAGAUGUUUGUCUGUAUUCAAGGUAUGGUAUCUAAAACCCAUUCUGGACAUGUAUUUAUAUCACUCGAGGAGGUAGUCGAGGAACGCAGAGCAGCCACUGAGAAGAGGAAAGAAGAAUUACGUAAAAUAAAGGAAAAUGUGGAGGCUCUUUUAUCACAUCAAUUGGAAAAAGAAACACAAUUCAACGAAAACAUCGAGGAAAUAAACAAUGCGAUAGGUAAAAGAAGUGACUCUUUUCUAUCUGAUAUUGAAUCCUGGAAGACAAAGACAAAAUUAUUGCUUCAGAAGCAGGUUGAGGAAAACAAAGAACGUAUGAAGGAUCGCCAGAACCAAAUUAAAGAGGACCAAAACAAACUGCAAACAGCUCUGGAUCGUUGCAGUGACGAGAACCACGAAGCAUAUCUGGUGAUGACAGACGAACUUAUACAUGCCAAACGCCAAUCGUCUGUAUAUAGUCCUAAUGUGCUCUCUUUGACAGACGGAAACUCGGUGAAGCUUGAUACCGAUGCCAUGCUUGGUACCAUUUCUGACGAAGACUCGCAUGGAUCUGAUUGUGUGUCUAUUGUUGGGCAGAAUUUCGUGUCAGAUUCCAACGACGUCAUCCAGCUCUAUCCCGCUGCACCGACGGCAAACCUCUCUACAGAGGAAACAAGAACUGACAACACCGGAAAAGCUUUUGAGAGAAUAUAUGAUGAGCUGACUACGUCCGAUGAUGUAGAGAUAAUAAAUCAUUCUCAGUUUCAAUGCAAUGACCAAAAAGGCGAAGUGGUCAAACUAGCUGCAUCAAGAGAGGGCGGCGUGUGGGUGACCUGGACCGGAAAAAGAUGCAUCAAGUAUUUUGAUGACAAGGGCAAUUCUGCUAAACAAAUUCUGACGAACUUUGAUGUAUCUGAAAUAGGUGUCAACAGCAAAAAGGAACUGUUUGCAUCAGUGAACAACGGCUCUAGGAUAAAAAGGAAAGGCAUCAUACUCUGGGACAGCAUUAUAAAAACAGAACCGCUCGUGACCUACGGGAUUCACAUCACCUCUGCGGAUGAAAUAUUAGUUUGUCUCCAAGCAAUUGAUCACGGAGAGAUCGGCAGGUAUUCUCCUACCGGAGGCAAUCUACAGCGAAUCCGUCUCGAUCGGGAUUUCAAGAAAAUAUUCCUCAGACCAAGACAGUUGCUUGAGAUCGGUCCAACAGGAGAUGUGUUGGUCAUUGUAGACGGGACCCUAAUAACACUGGACAAGGAUGGGAAAGUCAAGAAAACAUGGAGCGGUGAGUUAGAUAGCGACACCAAUAAAAAAGGCGCAAUGAGUUUGUAUGAACCCGUAAGUCUAGCGGUCAAUUCUGACGCGAAUGUGUUUGUCCUGGACAACGGCAACAGGCGAAUUGUUGUGUUUGACAAACUCGGAGACGUCCUUUGGGUCAUGAACGACACUGUGAUGCUGCAGAACAUGCGCAGUGCGGUAUUCGACAACAAGGGUCAGAUCUGGGUCGCCUGUACGGACGGAGCCAUUCACAAAGCCAACUUGCGUAUUCACCGUAAAACAAAAACGGAUUGACAUUCCUGACCAUGAAAUGAUGAUGUCCAGUCUCUGUAUUGUCAACAUAUGGGGUCGGUGUACGGGAUACGAAAUCAAAGUUUUCUGACUAGAGACCUUAUAUUCUUCAUUAACCUUCACAACUCAUCUAUUCCAGUACUGUUGUUAAUUCUGUAUUGUAAUCAAGAGUUCAAUCUUAACCCAAAAAAGAUCGGAUUAUAUUUUAGGCCGACACAAUGCAACUUUUUGCUAACGGAACUAUAGAUAUAAUCCGUAACCACUUAUUUUCAUGCUGGUUAUAAAGGUAAGGACCUUCUUUCAUCAGCAAAGUAAUUGAACUUUUUGUUGAAUAUUUUUCAUCAUUUCAACAAAUCCACGUGCUCAUGAAGAGGAGCUGUUUCCGGAGAGAUGCUAAUUUCAUACAAAACUUACCAUUAAAAGUGGACCAUUAUUUUACAGCUUCAGCUUAGAGACUUAUGUUUGGACUAAUAUUAUACAGAAGAAAAAUAUUAUAUAACGGGUCACAUAUCUGGAGCUACAUGUAUUGGGAACUUUAUUUUAAAAUACUUUAGUUUUUAUACACCAGUCAAGACGUAUAAUGGUAUUGGGAGCGUCCGUCCGUCGACCUUCAACUUUUCCUUUAAACGACAUUUUCUGAGGGAUUGAAAGGCCUAGAGUCAUGAUAUUUGGCUGGUCACUGGGUUCAAAUAUGUCAAAAACUUCAAACGGCUUCUUCUGAAAGGCAUAGAGUCGUGAUAUAUGUUUUAUAGCUUUCAAGGUUAGAGCCCGACAAAUCUUGUGAAUGAAAAUGACAUCAACUUACUUUUAAGGUCACAUUUGUAAAAUAUGUCAAAAAACAUCAAACGACAUCCUCUGAAGAACCAAGAGACCUUGUGUAAUGAUAAUUUGCUGGUAUUGAGCCAGACAGAUUUUGCGAACAAAAAUUACCUUGACCUGCUGUCAAUGUCACAGGGGUCAAAGAUAUCAAAAUUUCAAUGGACUUCUUUUGAAGAACAGAACGGCAUAUUGUCACGUUUGGAUAGUAGUUUCAUAGGGUGGAUCCCUAGACAUUUUGCGAUUGAAAAUAACAUCGAACAACUUUUAAGGUUACAAGGGUCAAAUAUGUCAAAAACUUUAAACGACUUCUUCUGAAAAUCUGAAAGCCCUUGUCAGGGAUGGAGCCCCACAAAGUCUGCAAAUGAAAAUGACCUCUAUCUACUUUCACAUUCUUCUGAAUAACCAAAAGACACAAGGUGAUGAUAUUUGGCCCAUUAAGCUGGAUAGAAUCAAGGGCUAUACAUUUUAUUAAAUUGAAUUGCUUAUCCUGAUAUUCAACGUCAAAAGUACUAAAUCCUUUUGAUUAAGCGUAGAGUGAUGUAUUUUGACCAGUAGCAUGCUGGGGUGAAUGACUACCCAGUUUGAUUAAGGAAUGACAUUGACCCACUUUCUAGGUUACAUAGGUCAAAUAUGUUAAAGUCCUCAAAUGACUUUUCUCAAUUACCUUAAGUCACUGGGUGAUGAUAUUUUGGAUAAAGGGCUACCAAGUUUGUUCAACUGAAUGACCUUGUUAGACUUUCAAAGUCACUGGGUGAAAUGUUAAAAUCUUGUUCUCAAUAACCAAGAUAAUAAGUAAAGAUAUUUAGCCAUUAGGCUUUUUAGGAUAUUUAAGUAUAUAUAUGACCUUGGUCCGCUUUAAAGCGUAAAAGUGAGAGAUUAAUACUUGUUUGUCAGUGUGUUGAUUUUGUGGUAUUUUGUCAUUGAGUGAAUGUUGACUUUGUGUUGUUUUGUCCUUUUGUGUUGACUCUGUGGUAUAUUUUCAUGGUGUUUGCUUGGCGGUAUUUAGUCCUAGUGUGUUGAUUUUGUGGUAUAUAAUCAUUGUGUGUUGACUUUGUGGUUUAAAAUUUAUCUUUCUUAAAGACAUUUUAUUUUAUCCUUUUGUGCUGAUGCCUUUGUAUAUUUCUUUAGCAUUUCAGUUACUGUAUCACAUUAGCCCAUUUGUGACUAGGUCAUGUUACAUAUAGAAUGGUAGGUCAGUAGUCCCCGACAGUCAGACUAGGUCACAUUACAUAUAGGAUGGUAGGUCAUAAAAGAAAGUGAAUAUUUCAAAAAUAAAAAAAACUUCAUUAUUGACUUUACACUAAAUAUGACAACCUGAUAACUGGUGUUCUCUGUGUAACAUGGAGGGCACUUACAGCCCAUCACAGGCACACAUACUAUAUAGGGUGACGUCAUAGGUAACGGGAGGUAUUGAUAUAACACAUGAACAUGAAGGUCAGAGUACCUUCAUUGAGUGCAGAUGUCAUUGACUGUAAAUAUACAUCAUACUUGCAAACUCUCCUUAUUAAGGAGGGAGAGUCUUGAUUUUGAACCCUUAAAUUUAGCAUUUUCAACCAGUGAAUUUGCUCACUUAUUCCUUUAUUCUAAGAUCUAGUUAUUUAAUCUUAAAGAACAACUCAAAACAUGUAAUUUUUAAGGGUUUUGUAUCUUGUGGGUGAAAAUAUACACUCCCGAGUGUCAAUUAUGACUAAAAACAUAUACUCCUGAGUGUCAAAUAUGACUGAAAAUACACACUACCAGAUGUAAAUAUGACUGAAAAUAUAUACUCCCGAGUGUCAAUUAUGACUGAAAAUAUACACUCCUGAGUGUCAAAUAUGUCUGAAUAUACAUACUCCUGAGUGUCAAAUAUGUCUGAAUAUACAUACUCCCGAGUGUCAAAUAUGACUGAAAAUAUAUACUCCCGAGUGUCAAAUGACUGAAAAUAUACACUCCUGAGUGUCAAAUGACUGAAAAUAUUUACUCCUGAGUGUCAAAUAUGUCUGAAAAUACAUACUCCCGAGUGUCAAAUAUGACUGAAAAUACAU